AUGGAGCUGGGCAGGACUCACAUAAAGCUUGACCCCAGGUACACGGCGGAGCUCGUGGAGGUGCUAAAGACCAACUACAGCAUCUCUUCUGCCUGCUUCUCUUACCCGCCCUCGGCUGCCCAGCUCCUAAGAGCCUUGGGCCCUGUAGAAAUCACCCUCUCGUGUGCCCUGACCUGUCUUGCCCUGAUCUCGAUCAUCAUCUACUUGGAAGAUGCCGUCUACCUAUACAAGAACACCAGCUGUCCCAUCAAGAGGAAGACCCUGCUGUGGACGAGCUCCGCCCCAACGGUGGUGUCUGUGUUCUGCUCCUUCGGUCUCUGGAUCCCUCGAUCCCUCACGCUCGUGGAACUGAUAACAACCUCAUUUUACUCUGUGUACUUCUACCUGCUGAUGAUGGUCAUGGUGGAAGGAUUUGGUGGGAAGGAGGCCGUGCUGAGGGCCCUGAAGGACACACCGAUGAUGAUCCACACGGGCCCCUGUUGCUGCUGCUGCCUCUGCUGCCCCCGCUUUGCGCUCACCAGGAAUAAGCUGAAACUGCUGAUGUUCGGCCCAUUCCAGUACGCUUUCUUCAAGAUCUCGCUGGGUCUCGCGGGCCUGUUUCUCAUCCCUGAUGGCAUCUUUGACCCCUCAGACAUUUCUGAGAGGAGUGUAGCUCUGUGGAUCAACGUUUUCCUCGGUGUGUCUACUCUACUGGCGCUCUGGGCCCUGGGCAUCGUUUUCCGUCAGGCCAGACUACACCUUCGAGAGCAGAACAUGGGAGCCAAGUUUGCCCUGUUCCAGUCCCUUCUUAUCCUGAGUGCCCUUCAGCCCUCCAUCUUCUCCGUCUUGGCCAACAGUGGGCAGAUUGCUUGUUCACCUCCCUAUUCUUCGAAAAUCAGGUCUCAAGUGAUGAAUUGCCACCUCCUCAUCUUAGAGAGUUUUCUGAUAACUGUGUUGACACGAAAGUACUACCGCAGGAAAGACCACAAGGUUGGGUAUGAAGCUUUCACUUCUCCAGAACUGGACUUGGACCUCAAAGCCUGA